AUGGCAUCAAUUGUGACCCUAAUUCUGGUCGAUUACUUGGAUAUGACCUGGUGUACAAAUACCAUUUUGUCACUUGUCAGCUGGUAUUCUGCUGGCUUUGUGCUGGAUCAGUUAGCUCGAGUGAACACACAAUUAAUAUACGUGUUGGUGAUUAUUCUGGUGCUGUCCUAUGCCUACCAGUGCUCCGUAACCUAUCGGGUGAUCAAACAGGAGCCCAACAAAACAGAGGCCGCCAUCGAUAUCAGAGAACCAGCACUUUAUUGGAGUCUUGUAUUGAGAUAUAACAAUAGGGUUAGACUCAAAGUUAAUAACGGCGGUAAUAUUAUAUCGUCGUCACCCGAGGGUAAAAUAUAUAUAAUUGCCGGAAACCCAAUUCAGCCUGGUACUAAUCUAACCGUGGAUUUUACAUCUAAAUACGAUAAAAAGCCCGGCGCUAAAUUGAUCAGUGGUGGUGGAGAUCAUAAUAUUGUUAACACGAGUGAUAUUAAUGCCCUAGUUGAGCGUCAGAAUGAGUCCGUUGAGUUACUACAGGGUAGGAUUGUUGAUGUGUUACAAAAGCAACAAGAUCAAAUUGACAGGCUAGAUCGUGCCGUCGCAGAGCUUAACACUCGAUUAUUAGAUCAGGCGUCGAGUCCCCCGGCAAUCAUCAAAAACACGUACACCACUCAUAUUGAUAACAGCGAUAAUAGUGUGACAAACAAUACCUACGAAGAUAAAAGUGUGAAUGUAAAAGUUGGUGACAUUAAACUACCCCUGCCUUUGCCAUUGCCCGGUGGGUCAGACGGAUGGGGUGGUGGGUAUGGAGGGGGUGGUAUUGGCAGUAUUAGUUCCGGUGGUGGUAGGGCUGGUGGCGGCCGUCUCACUACUAUUGAUGGCUCAGGCGGAGGCAUGCAACCACCUCGUCAGGUUGGACAACAGACGCUGGGUAUGAAUCACACCAUCCAAUACGCGCUAUGGUUCACAGGGGCUGUGAUUGUCAUAAACAUGUUGGGCAUUGUGUGGACGUGUGUCGGCGUGUUUGGUGGGCUGUGGUUGGGGGCCAUCAAGCGGUCAGACAUAGCCCGUGUGUUAGACCGAGUGGGCGGCCGUCUGGAGCGGGACUCUCGUGCCGAGCACCAGAAACUGUCGGACGAUAUACUAUAUCGGGUGCGACACGAACUGUGCGAACGGGACGCCCAAAUGAACCAGGUGCAAAGAGAAAUGGCGGCUAUACUGACACAAUUACAGGCCCUAAACAGUCGGAUUGAUACCAACUCGAUUGAUGCCUGGCAACAGGCCAAAAACGGACAGGCUGUUAUU